UUUGAAGAAGCAAGUUCGACUUGGUUCGACCUUUCUUUAUUAUUUGUUAUUUUAAUUAUUAUAUGUAGUUAUUUUAUUAAAUGUCAAAAUUAUGAAUUUAAUUUGAAUGAGACAUGGAGUUUGAUUGGAAUAAUUAUUUAGAGACGAAUAAAAGCAUUGCUGUUCCCGAAGAGCUAUUUUCCCAUGUCGAAGCCAGCCUCAACAAUGGUAUUAAACAGGGUAUGCUUCUCGAAGUCUGCCACAAGAACAAUCCUGACAUCUACUGGAUAGCGGAGAUCACCAUGGUCUGUGGUCAUCUCCUUAGGAUCAAAUUCAUUGGAGCCGAUACUGACUUCUGGUGUGACAUUUCAAAUACUAAAGUCCAUCCGCUAGGCUGGUGCGGGAAAUAUGACGAAUUGGUGGAGCCACCUGAUGAAAUAAAUGAGAAAUGCGGUGAUACUAUCAUUGAUAUAAUGAAGAAAGCCCUACUAGUAGGGCAAUCAGUCUCUAUAGAAGCCCUCAAUAAUAAGGGCAUGUCUCCAAUCGACAGGAUAAAAGUGGGCAUGAAAGUCGAAAUACAGAACGUCAAUGAUCCUUACCGAUAUUGGAUAGCUACGGUAUGCGAGAACGUAGGCGGUCGCCUCCUGCUGCGGUAUGAUGGCGCUGAUGAAGACCUGCAACAGUUCUGGAUAUUCUUCUCCAAUCCUCGACUCAGUAGCUUCGGCUAUGUAACCAACAAGGGUUCGCCUUGGCAGUUCAAGUACCCUGGCAAAGUGAACCGGUUCUCGUGCAAGAAUAAGCUGAGCGCGCAGCUGCGACAGAGCGCCGAGGAAUCCAUCAAGGAGCCCACGCCACCAGAUCUUUUCCAGCCCGCGCCCACCCAAGAGGCCCACAGCUUCGUGACCGGCAUGAAGCUGGAGAUGUUGAGCCCCGACGACAUGCGCACCGUCCGCCCCGCCACCGUCACCACGGUCUUCAACAACCUGCACUUCCUGGUGACGGCCGACGAGGCGGGUGACGACGCCGCCCCCGCCCUCGCCUGGCUCUGCGACAACAUGCACCCCUACAUCUUCCCCAUCGGAUGGGCGCAAAAACACAACUUUACCCUCAAACCCCCUAAAACCUGGAAAGAGGGACCCUUCAACUGGGAUGAGUAUCUAACUAUGACGUCAUCCGUCCCCGCGCCCGAGUACUGCUUCGGAAAGAAGGAGCCGAUGAAAGGUAUCGAGGUGGACAUGAAACUGGAAGCGGUGAACCCCAUGAGCCAGGAGGAGAUCCACGUGGCGACCAUAGCCGCCAUAGAGGAGCACCUCGUGUGCGUCGACCUGAUUCCCAUCGCGCAGAAGUUCUGGUACGCGCAGGACAGCGACCUGCUGUUCCCCGUGGGCUGGUGCGACAGCAACAACUACGAGCUGCACAUCCCCGACACCUCCAACAGACAGCCGCAGAAGGCCGAGGAGCCGAAGGUCGCCGUCAAGGAAGAUAUAAAGACCUCGAGCGAGUGGUGCGAUAGAAUAUAUUUCAAUUACAAAUGCUACGCGGGGCCCUCCAUCAGCAGGAACAAGCUGUCGCAGCUGCCGAAGCACGUGGGGCCCGGGCCCCUGUCGCUGGUGCUGAAGGAGGUCCUCAACAAGAUCAUUUCCGCCUCCUACAAACCCGCCAAGCUGCUCAAAGACUGGGAGCACGAGGGACCGCCCGAGGAAGGAAUGAGAUUGGAAUUAUUACGUGCUAAGCUGAAGACGAGUACGUACCACGCGUACGUGUGCGUGGCUCGCGAGCGCGCGCGCGUCCCCGAGUUCUGCGGCGCGGUGUGCGCGCGUCUGCAGGCCUGCCCCGCGCUCUUCGGACCCGCGGAGUACCCCGCCGGCUGUCCGCAUCGCUGUCACCUCGUCGACAAGUCCACAUUCCAUAACGGCACAGAACGUCGCGGCAGACCGAAAGGCAGCGUAAACGGAAAGAGAAAAAAGAAGAAAACCACCGCCCCGGAGAAACGGGAGAAAGAGAUGCAACCGUCGCAGGAGAGCGAGGGGAACAGGGACGGCGAGUCGGUGGAGAGCGAGCACAGCGCCGCCUCCACGCCGCCCUCCGAGUCGGGCACGCGGCCCAACUCGCCCGACUGUCUCGCCGACUGCCGCCGCCCCCCCGGCCGGAGGAAGCGUGAGCCGCGCGGCGUCUACCCCAAGCUGGAGAUGAAGACGCGCGGCGCCAAGCUGCCCAACUUCGCGCUGCAGAUGAAGGAGGCGCACUGGGACAAGAAGGACGUGGAGACGAUGUACGGCAGCUCGUGCGCCAAGAAGACCGGCCCCGACAGCGACACCGAGCACGACACCAACGAGAGCAGCUGCCACUCGCGCGGCAAGCGCAUCUCCGACGUGUCCGACGCCGAGGAGCCCGAGCUCAAGAAACUGCGCUGCGCCUCCUACGACCCCCCGCCCUCCGACGCCGCGCUCGAGCGCCGCGCCGCCCUCUCCUGGAUCCGGGGCCGCGCCAAGCUCGCCCCCAACCCCCUCCACUGGAGCGUCGACGACGUCUACGCCUACCUCAGCAGCACCGAUGACUGCAAGCUCAUCGCAGACAAGAUGAAGCAGGAGGAGAUCGACGGCCAGGCCUUCAUCAUGCUCGACCUGCCCAUCAUCAGGGAGUUCCUGCACAUGAAGAAGGAGUUCGCGCUGCAGCUCUGCAAACACAUCUCCCUCGUCCGCUGGUACUACAUUGACAACUUCGAGGAGACCGCGCCCUGACUUUUCACCGGCGUAUUGUUACUUUUGUCUAG